AUGGCACUCCAGCACGGAAACCCAGCCGACCUCCUCCCUGUCCACUGGAAAUCCCAAAUUACAGCCUGGUUCGCAGAAGAUACCCCUUCCUUCGACUACGGCGGGUUCGUAGUUGGCGACAGCGAGCGGACUGCAACCCUGUAUGGCAAAUCGAAAGGCAUAUUGGCAGGUGUGCCAUUCUUCGACGAGAUCUUCGCUCAAGCUGGAUGUUCGGUCCGGUGGCAUCUGAAAGAAGGAUCGAUUGUCGAUCCUGGAUCAUCUGGGAAGCUUGUAGUAGCGACAGUCAUGGGCCCUGUCAGGAAAUUGCUACUAGGGGAAAGAGUGGCGUUGAAUACGUUGAGCCGAUGCUCUGGCGUGGCAACGAAAUCGAGAGCGAUGGAGGAGCUGGUCAGGAAGGCGGGGUAUACUGGCGUACUUGCAGGCACGAGGAAGACUACACCUGGAUUUAGAUUGGUGGAGAAGUAUGGAAUGCUGAUUGGGGGUGUGGAUGGACAUCGGCAUGAUUUGUCGAGUAUGAUAAUGUUGAAGGAUAAUCAUAUCUGGGCUAGAGGGAGCAUUACGGACGCGGUCAAGGCGGCGAAGGCUGUUGGUGGUUUUGCAUUGAAGGUUGAGGUUGAGGUGGAUAGUGAGAAAGAUGCGGAUGAGGCUAUUGCUGCUGGGGCGGAUAUAAUUAUGUUGGACAACUUUGAUGGUGAUGGAUUGAAGGUUGCGGCGAGUAGCUUAAAGCAGAGAUGGGUGGGGAAGAGGGAGUUCCUGCUCGAGUGCAGUGGAGGAUUGACGGCAGACAAUGUUGGCACGUACAUCAACAAUGAUAUUGAUAUCAUCUCCACGAGUUCGAUCCACCAAGGAGUGCCACACGUGGAUUUCUCGUUGAAGAUCGAUCAUUGA